AUGUUUUCUGCAUCUGCUCUACUUUGCAUUGGCACAUGGGCAGCGGUUGUCCUCCAAGUAACCGCCGUCCCCCACGGCCCACUCUACAACAAGAUUGCCCGAGGUAACAAUGACACCUGUGGCCCAGUCGGACAGUACACAGAGAACCGAAGCUCCAAACAAUGGAACCAAGCCAACACCGACGCCUGGCUUGAGACAUGGUGGACCGAGAAUGCCAAAACACGAACAAGCAACGCAGGCGGAUUCGCCGGUGCUUUCGGCUACUACGCACUAAGCCAGUCUGACUGGUCGUGUCAGAACAACGGCAACAACGAUAAUUGCGGGGUCCAGGUUUGCAACAACCCCAAGAUUAACUCCCUAGGCGAUAGCACCGAGCAGGCGUACUAUGUUCUGAAGGCGCUUAAUAACCUACACGGGUUUUACCUCGGUCUAGAGGAGUCGUUCAAUAUCGCUGCUGUCGUCUCAGCCCUGGAGAACGAUGAGAUAGUGAACAAUUUCUGGCAUGAUGAGAAUGCCUGGGAUCCAUUGGUCUCAAAGGAGAUCAUGAAUCUAAUCGUUACCCUGGUUGCUGUUGGUACAGUCGGGUUAAGUGCACCUGUUUUAGAGCCGCUCGUCGGUACUGUUGCGCCUAGCAUUGCGGGAGCAAGCUCAACCUUGCUUAGCGGUGGAGUUAGCGCAGCCAUUCUAGCUACCACUUCACUAGACACGACCGAUAUCACACAGGCUAACCUUGGCCAUCUCAUGGCAGAGGCAGUGAGAAAUAUCGCAGAUUCAUUCGUUACUAGCAAUAACGAGCUGAUGUUUGGUAAUGGCUACGGAAAUGGCGAUAUCCGUGACGUACUCAAGGGCGGAGCGUGGGUUAACUACCCGGGAUUGCAAAAGAACCAAGCCCGAAAUUCAAUGAUCGCUACCAUGCAGGCGAUGAUGAUCAACUCUCUAUGGCGUUCGCAACGUGUGUUUAUCAUCGGCGGUGGUGCCUGCCAUGAUGGCCAGGAUGUCGGCCGAGGUACCAGUGACGGCGAUAAUGUUAUCUGCGAUGAGGAAAAUCGCGCUUGGUACCUAUACUAUUGGCAGAAGGAUAUUACGAAGAUGAACGAGUGGGACAGGCCCAACGGAUGGAUUUCUCGGCCCUGGGGAUCUGAUCGCAUGGGUGAAUCUCCUAUACUACAGGGCUCCGGACCAUUCUGGAAUAAUCUUAGUCCAUUGGACGCUAUCAAAUCCUCUCUCAAGUCCUUCAAGGCCGCUGGCAACAAAUACGACACGGCAACCUUCAACAAACGUAUGGCCGAAAUCGUCGGUUCUGGCGCUAACCCUUACUCGGAGGGUGCGAGCAUGGAAGGUGUCUGGACUAUCCCCGUGUGUGACAUUAGUAAAACUGUCAACAACCCCGACUACAUAUACGCCAGGAAGGGGGAUAUCCUCCACCCAUACGGGUACGACGAACGCCCAUACUGGUGUGGACCGAUUUGUGGAAUGGACAAGAACAUGACGGCGGAAUUCUACAAAGCGGCCAACUUCAACGGUGACUUUGAUAGGCCGUUCCUGGCGGAUUGUGCAGUCGCUAAACAGGGAACUGAUAAUAACGGUCUUUGGUGGGAUUGGACUACAAACGAAGACCAUGUGAAAUCACCAUGGGGGUAA